AUGAGUGAACUCGCUCAGAAAGAACCCUCAAUUGCCGGUGGCGCCAGUCAUGCGGCCACUUCAAAUAUCGCAGGCGACACAACAAAAAGCGGCGGGUCCGUGAAAACGCGCAGUGUCGACUAUGUUUUGCGGAGUGGCCUUGCUGGAGGGUUAGCAGGCUGUGCGGCUAAAACCGUUGUAGCACCUCUCGAUCGGGUGAAGAUUCUUUUUCAAGCCUCAAAUCCUCAAUUUGCCAAAUACGCCGGCAGCUGGGCUGGUCUCUCAGCUGCCAUCCGCGACAUCAAGCGCUCCGAGGGCGCCCAAGGCCUGUUCAAAGGUCACUCUGCAACCCUUCUCCGCAUUUUCCCCUACGCUGCCAUCAAGUUCCUCGCAUAUGAACAGUUCCGCGCCAUCGUGAUCCCUACCCCUGAUAAAGAAACGGCCCUGCGCCGCCUCGUGUCGGGCAGUCUCGCCGGCAUUACUUCUGUAUUUUUCACAUACCCUCUCGAGCUCGUGCGAGUGCGAUUAGCGUUCGAAACGAAACAAACAUCGCGCUCCUCUCUCGUCGAUAUCUGCCGUCAGAUCUACCAUGAACGUGCUGCGCUGCCCUCGACCGGCACAGUGGGCAAAACUGCCUCAGCGACCGUCGCCACCGCAGAGACCGUUGCGGCCACUGUGAACCAGGCCGUACCGCGUACGGGGCUAGCCAACUUUUAUCGCGGGUUCGGUCCCACCAUUCUGGGAAUGUUGCCCUACGCAGGUGUCUCGUUCCUGACUCACGACACGGUAGGCGACUGGCUACGGAGCCCGGCUGUCGCCGAGUACACCACCAUCCCCGCCGCCGAGUCGAAGCCCAAGAAGGGUUCUCGCCAGCCUCAGCUCACCGCCUCCGCCGAGCUCUUCUCCGGCGCUGUGGCCGGUGUCGUCUCACAGACUUCAUCUUACCCGCUGGAAGUCAUCCGGCGGCGGAUGCAAGUGGGUGGCGCAGUCGGUGGGGGUCAGAGACUCGGCAUCCUUGACACCGGUCGCAAGAUCUGGAUGGAGCGAGGGUUCCGCGGUUUCUGGGUGGGCUUGACUAUUGGUUAUAUCAAGGUCGUGCCUAUGGCGGCGACAGCAUUCUUUGUAUACGAACGAUUGAAGUGGUCUUUGGGAAUCUAA